AUGGAUAUUGUUAGUAAUUUGGAGAGAGAAAUUGCGGAGCUACGCAAGAGUUUGCAAUUUAAGGAACAAGAAUUGUCAGAUUUAAAACAUCAAAUGGGAACGGCUAAACUUAAUACAGACAAGAAUGGCUUUGCCAUGGACUCUACAAAUGCUUUAAAAGUACAGUUCGGUGAUAGCAUACCAAAAUGGGCGAUAGAGAGGUACAGCAGACAGAUAUUACUACCAGAUAUUGGCGUAAAAGGACAGGAGAAACUGAUGAAGGGAAAAGUCUUAAUAGUUGGAGCAGGCGGUCUCGGUUGUCCAGCUUCUGUAUAUUUAGCUGGAGCUGGUGUAGGUGAGAUCGGCAUAGUUGAUUAUGACUCUGUGGAUGUCACAAAUAUACACAGGCAGUUUUUGCAUUCGGAGUCAGAUCAGGGUGUAAGCAAAGCGGAGUCGGCAGCAAAUAGUUUGCGAAGCAUAAAUUCGCGCAUAAAGGUGUCGGCAUACAAUGAACAGCUGGAUUCAAAGAACGCUCUGCAAAUUGCAUCAAAAUACGACGUGAUCCUUGACUGCUCUGACAAUGUACCAACUAGAUAUAUGCUCAGCGAUGUGUGUGUACUAGCUAAGGUGCCUUUAAUAUCGGGAAGUGCUCUCAAAAUGGAAGGGCAGCUGACGAUAUACGGUUACAGAGCGAACAGAAAUCCAAAGGAACAGGAGGCAACAUACCGUGGUCCAUGCUACAGAUGCGUCUUCCCAACGCCACCCCCAGCAGAAACUGUUGGCAGCUGUUCUGCUAACGGAGUAGCCGGUUCGGUGCCCGGCGCAAUAGGUGCCCUGCAAUCGCUAGAAGCGAUUAAGCUGUUAGUCGGCCACACGAAAGACAAGCUGCUAGUGGAAAGACUGCUUCUCUUUGAUGGCGAGGAUAUGACAUUCAGAACUGUCAAACUGCGCGGCCGCAACCCCAGCUGCCCGUCUUGCUCGGAUUCUCCCACCAUCACUCAUUUGAUAGACUACGAAAUGUUCUGCCAGUCCCAAGCCAACGAUAAGGAAUUGAACUUAAGACUCCUACCGCCAGAGAAUCGGAUAUCCGCAACCCAAUUAGCCGAUAAAUUGACUGAUUUGGAUAAGCGCCAUCUCUUGGUCGACGUCAGAAGUGAACCGGAGUUCCAAAUGUGCUCGAUAGAUGGCGCUGUAAACUACCCCUUGGAUCAGAUCCAUAGGAACUUAGACCAUCUUCUGGAGGAGAUAAGAAAGUGUACCAGCCACGUGACGUUCAUCUGCCGCCGCGGAAACGACUCUCAGAUAGCGGCGAAGCGUGUGUUGGCCGUAAUCGAAGAGGACCACAGAGGCAAAAUUAAAGAUCUCUCCGGCGGUCUGCACGCGUGGUCCAGGGACGUAGAUGAAAAUUUCCCCAUUUACUAG